UCAGACACAGCACAGAAGGGUUUCCUUUCUGUCACCCCGAUGGCUGCUUUGCGCUCCUUCUCUGCAUCUCCUCACUCAUUUCUGCUGCUCCUCCUUCUCCUGCAAAUGCUGGGUGCCAAAGGCCAAGAUUUGGAAGUUCUGCAGCCCCCAGGACCCUUGUCUGUGUCAGCAGGAGAGACCCUCACUCUGACGUGUACAGUGGGAGGAACUGGUCCACCAGGAGGCGUGAAAUGGCACAAGGGCUUGGGCAGAAACCAGCCCACCAUUUACAGUGGAAGAGGAGAGUAUCCUUCCCGCGUGACCAGGGUUGUUCCUGUAUCAGAAACAGACUUCAGCAUCCGCAUCAGCAACAUCCAACCUAAGGAUGCUGGGACCUAUUACUGUGUCAAGUACAGGGCAGGAUCCCAAGAAACAGAAUUGAAAUCGGGAGUGGGCACUGAGGUUUCCGUGAUUGCCACGCCAUCCCAGCCAUCUAUCGAGGGUCCCAAGAGCAGAGUGUUAUCUGGGACCUUGGCGAUUUUCAUCUGCACGUCGGAUGGAUUCUCCCCCCGAGCCAUCAAAGUCACUUGGCUGAAGGACAACACCAGGAUCGUGUCCCCAGAGCCCACCGUUCUGCCAGAAGGAGACAGCAUCUCCUACCAAGUGUUGAGCGUCACAUGGGUGCCACUCACAAGAGACGAUGUGAAGUCCCAGCUCAUCUGCCAGAUUGAACACGAGACCUUGCGGAGUCCCCUGCGGGAGUUUUUCAAACUUGGAGACAUCCUACGAGUUCCACCCAGAGUGAAGCUGGAAGCCAACCCAGCCAACCCCGUCCUGCUGAACGAAUCGGUGACCUUCAGCUGCAGCGCGGAAGGGUUUUACCCAGAAGACAUAACCUUGGCCUUGACUCAGCCGUUCCUGAGGGAAACAGGAACGGCUGAGCCCAUGGCCCAGAACAGGGAUGGGACAUUCACCCUCAGGAGCUCCCUGAAGCUGAAUGCCACGGAAGAAAGGAACCAGUCUGCAUUUAUUUGCCUGGUUACGCAAAACUCUCAGCCUGUAGCGAAUGAAAUGUCAGUGCUGAAUAUCAGGGUGCCGACUGAAGGAAGUGAAAGCGUCAGUAUGGAGCCAGGUCCUUUUCAGCUGUCCCCCUUCGGUCUCUGUAUUGGACUUAUUCUGGCCAGCAAACUCCUUGUUGUUGCUCCUUUCCUCUUAUACCUCUUCCUCAAAAAAGAACAUGGCAAGGGGAACCUGAGAAACACACCUUUGCAGAAGGAAGUGUCACAGCCAAAAGAAAAGAAAAGCCUUUCUCCUGCAACUGAAACAAGAGUUCCCAAGACACAACGCAGACAGGAAUGUGGGUUUUCUGCCACUUUGAUGGCUGCUUUCAACUCUUCGCUGUGGCUGAUCCGUCUCUUCCUACAGCUCCACCUCUUCCUGCAAACCCCUGGGGUGGUAGAAGCAGAAUCUGGAGAGGAACCAGAACUCUAUGAUGUUCUUUCAGAUGCCACCCUUGUGAAGGUCAAGCAGGAGCCCAAAUUUCUAUCUGCAUCCCCUGGAGAGAGCAUCACCCUGCACUGCCAACUGACCCGGGCAAUUGUCCGCCCUACAGUGACAUGGUACAAGGAGUCCCAAGCUCUUGACACAGGAACUGAUUCCCGGGUGAGAAGACUCCAUCCUGACUCGCAAACAGACUUCUCCAUCCUCAUCCCCAACAUAGAACUCCAGGAUGCUGGGACCUAUUACUGUACGAAGGAAAUCUUUGGAAUGAAGCGCAAGGGGAAAGGCAGUGUGGUUUCUGUGGUUGUUCCGCCCAAAGUGUGGCUGAAAAUGGACCCUCCCUCACCUGUCCAGGUGAAUGACACUGUGACAGUCACCUGCUACGUGGAAGGCUUUUAUCCCAGAUACAUCAUUUUUAACUGGCUGAAGGACCGGGAGGAAACCCCACUGGAGGCGCCAGUUUUCGAAAUCCUGAAUCAGGAUGGGACCUUCUCCCUUCGGAGUUCCCUGGAAGUGACAGCAACUAAGCAGAACAGCUCUUCUGUGUUCACUUGCCGGGUUGUGCACACCUCCCAGCCCCCCAUUAGCAAAUCUGCAGUGCUAAAAGUCUUAAGCAGCACAGGCGAAGGACAUCUAUUCUCCAGUUCUGCUUUCUGGAUUGGAUUUAUCCUAAAUAAGGUCAUAGCGGCUUUCUUGCUCCUAUGUCUUUUCCUGAGAAAACAGCAUCGCAAGAUGAAUCCCUAACAACAUUAUGGGAGUGAAUGAAAACACCAGUCCUUUAUUUGCUGCAACGGAUGAGAAGGUUGUAACCAACACACAAGAAGCAGCUGAAAUCAGUUUGCAAACUUUAAAAGAGAUAUGUUAGUGGGAAGCUAUUGAAUGCAUUUCUGCUUGUGAAAAUUUGUAAGCGUGAUGUUAUAGGGAGCUCAACAGCACAUUAUACAUAAAUGAAACUUGGGGAAGAGGGAUUUGCAAGACAAGGCAAAAAAAAAAAAAAUGGUUACAGGAAGACAAAAUAGGAUGUGAAUAUGCAGCUUUUCAACUUAACUUGACGGAAUAUUGUUGCAUGCCACUCCUCUUUCAGAGCACUGCAAGAUUCCAGUGGUUCUAGGCACUUACCUGGAGUUCGUGUUUUAUUUUGGAAAUGAGGCACAGUAGAGACUACGGUGCCUUUAUUAUAGGAGGUUUACUUACACAUAUAUAUGACUUGAGCCUAUGUUGGAGGAGCUCACAGCAUUAACAUGCCAAGCUAAUUCAGACAGGCACCAGCCAGAUCUCUGAGCCUUUCUUCAGCUAGCCGCCUCUACCAGAGUGCAACUUUUUCCCUCCAG